GUUCUUACAAAGGGCCUACCUCCUAUGGUGUGAUCACAAUGAUUAGGGAAGACGAAGUCUUGAAAGUGUAUGACAAUCCUAAAGACAAAAACAAAGGGCUUGAAGAAAUUUCUGACAUGGAGAAGAGUGGCUCGACAGCAGACAACUUGGAGGGAAGCACCCAAACGAAAUCAGUUGAGACUGUUGACCUAGAGAAGGAAGUGGAGGAUGGUGUCACGCCUACUCAAACUAUACUUAAGACUAAGAGGAUCGAAGCAGAAGAGACUCUAAAAAGGAACUUGAUGGGGCAGUUUUCUACUAACGGCAAGAAGUUGAAGACCAAAAUUAAGAAGGAACCAGAAUAGAGGAGCAG